UGAAUGUUACUUAAUCUUACGCUAUGAUGAAAAUGGAACUUAGGGGGGUGUUUGGUUUGUGCAAAGGAAAGGAAUCAAGAUAGGGAUUAAAGGAGAAAGGAGAGAAAAUAAAUUAAGAAAGAUCAAAUUUUGAACACUAGUAUUAACACACUAGAUUAGCCAUUAACACACAAAGUUGAAUAUUACUAGUAAUAAAUUAUACAUUGAGAUGAUUCUAAUAAACACUUUUUUUUUUUUUUUUUUUUUUUUGGAAUGAAUCAAUAACAUUAAUCAAUACUACUUCGUAUGUGAUCUUAGACUUGCAGGGAAUAUAAAUGAUAAAAAUAAAUUAAGAAAGAUUAGAUUCCGGACUCUAGUAUUAACAUAUAUACAAGAUUUUUUUUUUUUUUUUUUUUUUGAAGCAACAUAUAUACAAGAUUAGCUAUUAAGAAGGUAAUAACACACAAAGUUGAUUUAUAUUCAAAGAUUGCACGUAAUAAAACAAAGUGGGCCUAAAUUAGUCAACUCACAAAACCUUGAAAUCAAGCGACUCUUCAACCACUACUAUCAAGUUAUUAUUGUUUUUUGUCUGCUCUAAAUUUCGUUAAUUGCUGUUAAUUUGUUUGAUUAUGAAAUGAUCCUAAACCAAAAACUUUAUAAAAUUAUAUACUGCAUUUUGCAAUACCCAUGAUUUUAUAAAAAAUAAAAAAAAUACCCAUGUGAGGAUAUUCACCUGCAUCGAAGUUGAAGUCAAAUUAAUUCAAGUUAAAUAAAGGAAUUAUGCAUUUGCUCAGAUCCCAAAUUUCAAAUUUUUUGUUGGUAUAAAUAAAUUGAUGCAAAUUAUUCACUGAUGAAAAAGCACUGAUUUUUGAGCUAGCUGGUGAAUUUUCUGAGCUGAAGUAAGGAAGAAAUUAUCACCCAGAUUGUGAUUUGUGAGAUGUUUGUUUGACUUUUUUUAUCUUUAGUUUCAGAAAAUUUCACUGUUAGUUAGUUGGUGAUUAACUAGUGUUGACAUUUGAGAUUUUGUUAGUAAAUCAUGGUUGAAGAAGAAAACCCAGAAACUAUGUUGAAAGAAAUGGAGGAAGAAGAUGAUAAAAAUGUGCCCAAAUUUGGGUUUUGGGAUUAUAUAUGGGGACCAUUGAAUUGGCUCAAAAUGCUUGCAAAAGAGAUGCAUUGGAGUUUUGUGUUUGGGGUGGUGAUUGUGUAUGGAUUUAGUCAGGGUUUGGGUGGAGCCCUAAAUCGUGUCGGUACCGAGUAUUACAUGAAGGAUGUGCAGAAAUUGCAGCCUUCAGAGGCACAGAUUUAUCAGGGGUUUACUGCAAUUCCUUGGAUGGUUAAACCCAUUUGGGGUCUAAUGACAGAUGUGGUUCCUGUUCUAGGAUAUCAUAGAAGGCCUUACUUCAUAUUUGCAGGUAUCCUUGGUAUUGUGCCCAUGUUGUACUUAUCUUUGCACCAGCAGAUGCAUAUCUUCUUCGCAGUGCUUUCUUUAACAAUAGGGAGUACUGGGGCAGCUAUAGCAGAUGUGACUGUUGAUGCAUGUGUAGCACAGAACUCCAAUAAGCAUCAGCAUCUUGCUCCUGACAUGCAAAGCUUAUGUUCCUUGAGCUCUUCCAUUGGAUCACUCCUGGGAUUCUUUCUCAGUGGUCUCUUGGUUCACCUCAUUGGCCCACAGGGGGUCUUUGGAUUGCUGGCGAUCCCAGCAGCACUUAUAUGUCUAGUGGGAAUCACACUUCAAGAGCCUCAAACGGUGAACUUCUCUUACAAACAGGUUGGCCAGAAGUUCCUUGUUGCAACCAAAGCUAUGACAGACACACUGAAAUUGCCAGAUGUAUGGCGGCCAUGUCUAUAUCUGUACCUCAGCAAUGCUACGAGUCUCAAUAUCUAUGAUGGAAUGUUUUAUUGGUAUACUGAUUCAGAUGCAGGCCCUAAUUUUUCUCAGGAAUUUGUUGGCUAUAUUCUCUCCAUUGGUGCAGCUGGUGCCAUACUGGGAUCACUAUUAUACCAGUACGCCUUGAAAGAUCACCAAUUUCGGGAUCUAUGUUUCUGGAGUCAGCUUUUAUUAGGUCUAUCAGGGAUGCUUGAUUUGAUGUUGGUUUUACGAUUGAACUUGAAACUUGGCAUACCAGAUCAUAUCUUUGCAGUGCUCGAUGAAUGCGCAUUCCAGUUUCUUGGGAGACUCAAAUGGAUGCCGCUUCUUGUUCUCAGUUCAAAGCUUUGUCCUUCAGGAAUAGAAGGCACCUUCUUUGCUCUAAUCAUGUCAAUUGGUAACAUUGGUACAUUCUCUUCGUCAUGGUUCGGAGGUAUCUUACUUCAUUUUCUGAAUAUCACAAGAACAGGUUUUGACAAUCUUUGGGUUGCCAUUUUGAUCCGUAGCAUAGCUAGAAUCUCUCCACUCUUGGUCAUAUUUUUAGUACCGAGGACUGAUCCUACCUCUUCUAUUCUUCCAUCUAAAGCCUCAAGUACAGAAUCUGCAGAAACUCCGGAUAGCAAAAUUGAGCUAGUAUCUCUCAUGACCAGCGUUGAUAGAAGCUGACAUUUUGCAGUCCAUUAUGUUGGAGAUUUAGGGGAUAAUUUGUCUAGAUAGAUACGUGUAUUGGUUUUAGGGAACUUAGCUUCAGAGCAGCAGGACUCUAUUUCAUCUUCGGUGCCAUUGCUGGAGUGAAAUAGGUUCUAGUAUUCCUUCUCUAGCAAUACUAGUUACCUGCAUUUUGAUUCUUUUAUACCUAAGAAAUCAUUCUACAAAUUCUUUCACAAUGAAAGAUAUCUAUUGUAAUUGAAGUUUCGGAAAGAGUUACAUAUUGAUUGCAAACAGAUUUUUGUAACAGGAGUAAAGAUUAGUGAAAAAAAAUGAUAUACAAGCGAGUAUUUUCACAAAUCAGUUCACGACCUCACUUCAACGCUAGUGUGUAGAUUUUUGAGGAUGAUUAUGAGAUUUCUUGGACUUCUUGAGACAUCUAAUGAACUGUAUUCUUCUGUGCUUUAGGUGGAGCAAUAACUGUUUUGGUGUAUGGGAAGAAACUGGAGUAAAUACAUAUUGAUAUCCUAUAUCAACCAACAGCGUUGAUAUAAGGGCAUUUCUGACUUAUCACUCAUUAAAGUGAGGACAAAACUGGAAACAAUUCUACAAUGGUUUUCUAAUUUAUUAAUCAAUACACUACAGGAAAUUGUUAUUGCCCAACUCUAACUCAGCAAAUACUUGACACGUUUGAUAUUUAUUAAGGACUUUCUGUAAGAGCUGUGACGAUGAUACAGAGCAAGAGUGAGCACGAGUGGAGGUGAUGGCGUUAAUCUCUCUCCUCAUCCAUCUGGUAUCUCAACAAAAAGUGGAGGUGAUGGCGUUAAUCUCUCCGUCAACAAUGUCCCGUUACAAGAUUUAAUUACGGGGUCCACAUCAUCAUCCCAACACUGAGCAUGUGGAAUUCAGCAAAAAGUUCCCAACAUAUUGUAUAUAGGCUCUCGGUCUUUGCCACUCGGCCAAGAUCUCAUCGUUGUGAAGAGUGUAAGUUGUAUGUGAUUAUGAAAUUAUCUUGUUGAGGUAUGAACAGCAAGACCAGAAAUUGAAUUAAAUUGUUAUCUAA